GGAGACGGCGGCGGCGGUUGUGGAGGCGGCAGCCAGUGCUGCGGAGGAGGCGCAGCAGCCACCAUGCAGCCGCCCCCCAGGAAGGGGACCUAUGCCAAGUUCCUCACGAAGUUCCACUCGGAGCAGGUGACAAAGCUGCAAGCCAAGAACCAGCAUGAGUGUGACCUGCUGGAGGACAUCCGGAACUACACCCUCAAAAGAUCAGCAAUCGAGAAGUCAUACUCUGAGGCGCUGCUUAAGAUCUCAUCGGCAUACCUCAAUAAGAAAAUCCCCAACAUCCCAGACAUCAAGACAGAAGGCGGUGAAGAAAAAUGGAACAUGUGGAACGUGUGGCGCACGGUACUGGAGGAGAACGAGAAGUUGGCACGCGCGAGGUUGGCAGCCGUGGAGGUAUUUCACCAGCAGAUAGCGGACGACGCUAAGGUGCUACGGUCGCAGAAGGUCCAGAACGCCAAGAAGUCCGUCGACCAGCUGGUAGUCGUGCAGAAGGAGCUACAGCAGUGCGUACAGGAUGUGGAUAAGACCAAGAAGCUUUACUUCGACGAGGAACACAGCGCGCACGACGUCAGGGACAAGGCCAAGGACAUCGAGGAGAAGUUAAAGAAAAAGAAGGGUUCGUUCUUCCAGUCAAUUACAUCACUUCAGAAGAACAGUGCAAAGGUCUCAUCGAAACGCGAGCAACUGGAAGAAAAGUCUACGGGGGCGCGUAACGACUACCUGCUGAGCAUUGCCGCUGCGAACGCCCACCAGAACCGCUACUUCACCAAGGACCUGCAGAACACCAUGGUGUCGAUGGAGAACCGCGUGUUCGAGAAGGUGGCCGACUACUUGUCGCUGAUUGGCCGCACGGAGCUGCUGACCUGCACCGCCACGCAGACUUCCUUCACCCGCAUCCGGGACCAAGCGCAACAGCUGACGCGCGAGUACAACCUGCAGUGCCUGUACCUGUUCUACCCGGUGCUGAAGCAGCACAUCCAGUACGAGUUCGAGCCGUGCGAGAACGACAGCGUCGACAAGGUGACGGCCGACCACUCGUCGGCGCAGCAGCAGCUCAGCAAGGAGGCCAAGCGCUGGGCCACGCGCAUCGCGCGCGACAAGCAGAACGUCGCCGAGUUCGAGAGGCGCCUCGUGGCGCUGCAGGCCCUGCGCGACCAGGGCCAGAAGGUCGAUCCAAACGAUGUAAAUGGACCAGAUCUGGAAACGAAAAUCGAAGAACUGAAACACAGCAUUAGAAGGUCUGAGACUUCCAAGGUGAAAGCAGAAGCUCGCAUAGAGUGCUUGAGAGCAGGGGGAGUGAACGUGGACGAGUGGCUGCAGGAGGCGGACAGCCUGAGCGUGCAGGACAUGCCCCGCUCCGCCAGCUCGCUCUCCAUGCGGACGGACGGCGGCUCGGGACAAGGGGAGGCGGCGGGCUCGGACUCGCUGUACGACAGCGACGUGGACGCCAGCGGCUCCGAGGUGACGGCGGUGGAGCGCGGGGGCCGCGACGAGGAGGCGGAGCGCCAGGAGGCCGCCGAGGUGGACGCCAUGGUGGAGGCGGAGCGGCAGCGGCUGGAGCAGCUGACGGCGGGUUGGGACGACCCCACCAACGUGGACUGGGGGCCGCCCGACGACAGCGAGCCGCCCCCGUCCGCGGGGGCGGACUCUACCGGCACGGAGCACGACGCGGAGGCCGUGGGCGCACAGGACGCCGAGCCACGCAUCUUCCCACCGGGGCAGACCUUCAAGUGCAUCGCACUCUACAACUACACGGCGCAGAAUGCAGACGAGCUGAGCAUCGUGGAGAACGAGCAGCUGGAGGUGGUGGGCGAGGGCGACGGCGACGGGUGGCUGCGCGCGCGCAACUACCGCGGCGAGGAGGGCUUCGUGCCGCAGAACUACCUGGACGUCGAGCAGACGGCCAGCGCCGCGGGCGCCGCCUUCGAGCUGGCGCAGCAGAUCUCCUUCAGCUCCGUGGACUACACGCUCGACGACGACACCGCCGUCGUGCCCGAGGACGAGCUGCAGCACCAGCAGCAGCUGCAGCAGCAGCAACAGCAGCAGCAACAGCAACAGCAACAGCAGCCUGUGGAGGCGGUGUCGCCGCUGACGGUGAGCGCGUCCGGCUACUGUGUGGCGCUGUACGACUACGAGGCGACGUGCGAGGACGAGCUGACGUUCAGCGAGGGCCAGGUGAUCCGCGUGCUCAGCAAGGAGCCGCACAGCGUCGACGACGGCUGGUGGGCCGGCGAGAUCGCCGGCACGGGCCACGUCGGCCUCUUCCCCUCGCUCGUCGUCGAGGAAUGCCGCGAGGACGGCGAGCCGCUCACGCCGCCGGCGGACGACGAGGCUCCCAGCUCGGCGCCGCCGGUGUUCACGCCGCCGGACGUGCCCAGCUUCCUGCUGGCCCCGCAGACGGUCGUCACGCAGCCCACGCCAGAAAUCGAGAGCUCAGCGUUCUCCAUGCAGAUGACGGGAGCACAGCACCAGCAAUACGGGUCGCAGUUUUCUGGAGGCCCGCCCUCUAUCGUCACGGGACCUGAGACCAUUGGAGGAGACGACGUGCCAAGCGUCAUGGUGCAGGUAACUGAUGAGGCUGGGGAAGAAUCCGCCACCGGCCUGCCGGUGGAGGCGGCAAGCAGCGGCCCCGAAGCUGGUGGCGAAUCCUCGGCGUGUGAGCCGUCGGCCCCUCCCACCACCCUGCCCGGCGUCGGCAUGGGCGGUGGCCUGGGCGUCGCGCAGAUCGUCAUCACCGCCGCCACGCCCACCGUCGAGGAGCCCGAGCAGCCCUUCCCGCCCCCGCCCGACCCCGACGAGGAGGCACCGGAGGUGGCGGCCGCUGAGGCGGAAGGGGAGGUUCCGCCGCGCGGCCCCGGCCUCGUGGGGGCGGACUCGGAGGAGGCGGAUGCGGGGCCGGACAGCGCGCCCGACGAUGACGAGGAGCCGCCCACCAGCACGGCCAGCGACGAGGACGAGUCGCUGUCGGCCCCCAGCACGGCAGACAACAGCACGCAGGCCCCCGUCAAGGAACAACAGCAGCAAGAGGAGGAGGAGGAAGAGUGCGCGGUGCCCCCGAUGCGUCAGCCGCUCGGAGGCCGCGCGUCCAUCCCUGACGAGCUCGAACCCCACCAGCUGGCGCAGCUGCAGGACCUCAAGGAAUCCAACGCGUAG